AUGAUUAAGCUCUUUUCCCUCAAGCAGCAGAAGAAAGACGAGGAAUCUGCUGGAGGAAACAGAACCGGAGCCGGCGGAAAAAAAGCCAGCGCGGCCCAGCUGCGGAUACAAAAAGACAUCAAUGAGUUGAACCUGCCAAAGACAUGUGAGAUCAACUUCCCUGACGACGACGACCUCCUCAACUUCAGACUCAUCAUCUCGCCUGAUGAGGGUUUUUACAAAGGAGGAAAGUUUGUCUUCAGCUUUAAGGUGGGACAGGGGUAUCCUCAUGACCCACCGAAGGUGAAGUGUGAGACCAUGGUGUACCACCCUAACAUAGACCUGGAAGGAAACGUCUGCCUCAACAUCUUAAGGGAGGACUGGAAGCCCGUGCUGACAAUAAACUCCAUCAUCUAUGGCCUACAGUAUCUUUUUCUAGAGCCCAACCCCGAGGACCCCCUGAACAAGGAGGCAGCGGAGGUGCUGCAGAUGAACCGCCGCCUUUUCGAGCAGAACGUCCAUCGCUCGUUGCGCGGCGGCUACGUAGGCUCCACCUAUUUCGAGAGGUGUCUGAAAUAG